UCAAGUUUCAACCCUUCCUCUUUUCCCCUCAUAACCCCAACCAAAGCUUCGUUUUUGGUAAGCGACACAAGAAGUAAUUAUGACGGCUCCCAAUAUGGAGACGAUCACGGCCUCCUUGGAGCGCUGUUCAUUAAACAACCACCAUACCACUCCAGAUUCCGUCUCCGACGCCGCCGGAACUGACACUUCCUCCACCUCCUCGGCCGUUGCGGCAACCACCACUUUAGACCUCAACUCCCACGUCUCUCUCCCUUACCACUGGGAACAAUGCCUCGAUUUGAAGACGGGAGAGAUAUAUUAUAUAAACUGGAGCAACGGUAUGAAGGCGAAAGAAGAUCCUAGAAGGAUAGGAGGGGAAGACAACUACUCCGAAGAUGAAAGCUGGUACGACAGCGAAGAGUCGUCGUCGGAGUCGUGUCCGUCGUCGUCGAGAGAGCAUACCAGUCCGGCCGAGAAGCAGAAUAACGUCUUGGUGGUCGCCGGGUGCAAGAGCUGUCUCAUGUAUUUCAUGGUUCCCAAACAGGUCGAAGACUGCCCCAAAUGCAGCGGUCAUCUCCUCCACUUUGAUCGAUCCGAUAAUGCCUCUGCUUCUCCAUGAUCCGACCAACACAAAUUAACUUCUUCAUUUUCUCAUCUUAUUUUCCCCUUUUGAUUCGUUCGCUCUGUACCACACCUUUCUCUCUUUCUCUCUAUUUUUGCUGUGCAAACUAAUUAAAUUUUCUUCUUUGCAAACCAGAUCGCUCUAUCCUCUUUAUCUUUGAGAUUUGCAAAGAUGGCCCUGCGGAUUCAGUAGUAGGAAGAAGAAUGAAAUGAGGGUUUUUUACUUUUUACUUCAUUUUUACCUUUAUCUUUUUGAAUUUAAUGGAUUAAUGAAUGCAAUGUUAAUGAUCU